ACCCCUCCCACCGGAAGACUUGGUUUCGCCCCGUGACCCCCUCCGUCCCCCACCUGUCGGAGGACUCUGGCCUGUUGCCCAGGUUCGGGGCGCCCGCCCCCUACUAGGCCAAGUGGAGGGGGUGUCCCCGCCCAAUGGGCCUGGCCAGGGCCCUGCGCCGCCUUAGCGGCGCCCUGGAGCCAGGAGAGGGCCGGGCCGGCGACGAGGAGGAGGCCGGGCCGGGGCUGUGCCGCAACGGGUGGGUGGCGUCGCCGGCGGGGCGGCGCCGCGGGCGCUUCGUCAAGAAGGACGGGCACUGCAACGUGCGCUUCGUGAACCUGGGCGGCCAGGGCGCGCGCUACCUGAGCGACCUGUUCACCACGUGCGUGGACGUGCGCUGGCGCUGGAUGUGCCUGCUCUUCUCCUGCUCCUUCCUCGCCUCCUGGCUGCUGUUCGGCCUGGCCUUCUGGCUCAUCGCCUCGCUGCACGGCGACCUGGCCGCGCCGCCGCCGCCCGCGCCCUGCUUCUCGCACGUGGCCAGCUUCCUGGCCGCCUUCCUCUUCGCGCUGGAGACGCAGACGUCCAUCGGCUACGGCGUGCGCAGCGUCACCGAGGAGUGCCCGGCCGCCGUGGCCGCCGUCGUGCUGCAGUGCAUCGCCGGCUGCGUGCUCGACGCCUUCGUCGUGGGCGCCGUCAUGGCCAAGAUGGCCAAGCCCAAGAAGCGCAACGAGACGCUCGUGUUCAGCGAGAACGCCGUCGUGGCGCUGCGCGACCGCCGCCUCUGCCUCAUGUGGCGCGUCGGCAACCUGCGCCGCAGCCACCUGGUCGAGGCCCACGUGCGGGCCCAGCUGCUGCAGCCUCGAGUGACCCCGGAGGGUGAGUACAUUCCCCUGGAUCACCAGGAUGUGGACGUGGGCUUUGAUGGCGGCACUGAUCGAAUCUUCCUCGUGUCUCCCAUCACCAUCGUGCACGAGAUCGACUCCGCCAGUCCUCUGUAUGAACUAGGACGUGCCGAGCUGGCCCGGGCUGACUUUGAGCUGGUGGUCAUUCUUGAGGGCAUGGUUGAGGCCACGGCCAUGACCACACAGUGUCGCUCCUCCUACCUCCCUGGUGAGCUGCUCUGGGGCCAUCGUUUUGAGCCGGUCCUCUUCCAGCGUGGCUCCCAGUACGAGGUCGACUACCGCCAUUUCCACCGCACUUACGAGGUCCCAGGGACACCAGUCUGCAGCGCCAAGGAGUUGGAUGAACAGGCAGAGCGGGCUUCACACAGCCCCAAGUCCAGCUUCCCCGGCUCUCUGGCUGCAUUUUGUUACGAGAAUGAACUUGCACUGAGCUGCUGCCAGGAGGAAGAGGAGGAGGAGGAGGAGGCCAAGGUGGAGGACGGAGAGGGGGCAGAAGAUGGCAUUGCCAGCCCCCAAGUACUCACACCGACCCUGGCACUGACCCUGCCCCCGUGAUGCCAGCUGGUGUCUCCCGAUUUGUACCCCCUUCCCGGAAAUAGCAAGGUGGAGAGAGCGAGGGUCCUCUCCUGGGAUGGGGGCAGGUGUUUCCCAAGACCGACAGGCCUGCUGGGUAAAUUAUUAGCUGGUGAAGGUCUCCCAUGCCCAGUGGGCCCACCCCAGACAUACUGGAUCUUAAUUCCUCUGCGUUCCAUGCUCCCUCUCGAGACCCCUUUAUCAGCCUGAUUCCCGAGUCUCCCCAGAGCUGAGGGAUCCAGAAUUCUGGACCACCUAAGUGGCAAAGACCGGUGGUUCUAGAUUCCUCUACAUGGCUGGGUUUGGUUGGUGAGAGCAGGGUCAGGAAUCAGUGGUAUAUACCUCCUCCAGGGACAGCAACAGAUGAAGAGUUUGUAGGUCUGGAUUGACUUAAGAUUCAAGGGACUGUUGCUUCUAGACUCAGUUAACCAAGCAGCAAAUCACUUUUUCCUGGACCACGUUAAGGAGGGAGGGUUACGGAAUGCCCCAAGAAUUCAAGACCGUCUUGAUUAGCCAAUGACAGAAAGUUGACUGCAAGUCAAGAGAAGACCUUGUGGCUCCAGAAGGCCCAAGAGUUAAGAUUCUGUGAAUCUAGAUUGACCGCAGAGGCAAGCGCUGGUGGUUCUAGAAUAGGUUUGACCUAGAAUGCUGAGAAAACUCAAGAGUUAUGUUUCUAGAAUGCACAAAACAACAGAGUGUCUGUGGGUCUGGAAGGGCUAACGUGACAGACUGGGAGUCCUUGAUAUUAGAUAACUCCAGACCCCCUGCUGUAGAACAUCAAACCAAGGAGAUAAUCAAUGCUUCUUAAUGAUCCACAGGUUGUUUUUUUUUUUUUUUGUUUUUGUUUUUUUUUAAGUGCCAUUCUAGAAUGUCCAAAGGAAUCAGGAUUCUGUGUCUCUAGGUUGAUCACAGAGUCAAGGAAGGAGUGGCGAUUCUGGAUGUCUGAGAUUUGUUGGUUCCAGUUUGCCCAAUGGAGUUGAGAAUCUUGAUGAUUCUUUGUGGUUCUGUUAAUGCCAAAGGGAAUCAAAGCUCUGGGGAGCCAGAGUUGUCCAUUAUUAAAACCUGGAAAGUUCUAGUCAGCUCCUAGAACUUGGCCAUUCUAGGAAGUGGACUCGGGAUUUGAUAGACAGCAUUUCUGGGCUGACCGAGAAAGGGAGGACCCAGACGAGACCCUGUGGAUAACAGGGCUGCUUGUUGGGCAGAGAGGAGAGGCCCAAGGCUGAUGAGUCUACAGUGCUCUGGAAUCCUGCACCUAGUGAUGUGUGUCUAUUUCUUAAAGACGUUAUAAAUAUGUGUAUUAUAUAUAUAAUAUAAAUACAGAUAUCUA